AUGCGCAUCCUCUUCUUUCACGGGCACACCCAGACGGGCCCCGUCUUCGAGAGGAAGACGGUCCGGCUACGAGAACAUAUUCAACGCGCAUAUCCCGGGUCAACCUUCUUCUUCCCAACCGGCCCGAUUGCAUACAAAGUCUCGGAUAGACUCGACUACCUCUCUGAAAUCCAGCGCGAGAGAUCAGAUAAUUUCAAAGAUCCAGACCUGAUUGAGACGCACGCUUGGUUCCGGCUGUUCGAAGACGAUCCGCCGCGUGGGUUACUCGAGAGCCUGGAUAUCGCGGCGGAGAUACUGCGGGUAGAAGGACCCUUUGAUGGAGUCAUCUGCUUCUCUCAGGGAUCAGUCGUUGGCUCCAUGAUGGCUUCAUUACUGGAGGGACCGAGACGAAGACAAAGAUUCGAUGAGUACGCCGCCUCAUUCCCAGGCGCAGUGCGAUAUCCCAAAUCCUACAAGAACAUCAACCACCCGCCGCUGAAAUUCGGCAUCACAUACGGCGCCUACAUGGGGACAAGCCCUGUAUUCAAUGCCUUCUACUCAGAGCCACUUAUUGAGACGCCCUUCCUACAUUUCAUGGGUGAAUUCGACCCCGUCGUUCCGUCAGAGAUGGUAGCCGCAGUGGACAAGGCACAGAUUGGAGGCUCUCGACGGCGGAAGGUGAUGCACCCAGGUGCCCAUGCGAUCCCGGUAGGGGAUCGGUACCACGAGGCCGUAGUGGAUUUUAUUCGGUCUGCCUGCGAGACUUCACCUACAUACUUUGACUUGCCCAGUGACGAAGUUCCCCUGCUUAGCUACAACGAUACCCCCGAGCAAACCCCCUUUCAGACCCCAUUACUGACACCGUCUCUCUCAUCCGCCGUAUCAACUACGUCUAUCCCGUCGUCGGAAGCCACAAUACUCGCUACAAGGAGGCUGGACCAGUGGGAAAAGUCCAGAAGCCCACGAAGUAACAUCAGGCCACGAUCGACUCGACGUACUGUAUUUUCGGGCCGGCGGUCGACAAGUUCCAGCGCUGAAUCAAGCGCCGCCUCUCAACAUUCUGAUCACUUCGAAGCCACACGCACGCCGACCUCUUCGACCUCAACCGUCCAAAUGAUAGAACCAACAGUCAACAAAGAGCCGAAUCUAGCUGUCAGAGUGGUGGAAGACGAUACCAUUGUCUCGGGAUCAGAGUACGAGGGUGAGGGAUGGCAGGAGCUCUUAUUGUCGGAUCUGCUUAACGAGAUGCUGCGAAGGCACGGUCGGCCCGGCAGAUUCUAUUUUGUGCCCGAUGGGGAGGGCGGCCGGUUAGAGAAUGGCAUGAGAUUGAAUUAA